AUGAAGAAUUGUUUUUACAGAGUUCGGCCUUUAUGGAAACGUGUUUAUGUCUAUCCAAUUUAUGUAUUGCCUGUUCUUAUUAGACUUACCAAUUCUUUUCAUGUUGUUCCUUUGUUUACAAUAUUAUUUGCUAUUUUUCUUUCAUUACUAACGUGCUGGUCGGAUAAGAUAAAAAUACUAUUUACAGCUGACUUGUCUAAUAAACCGACACAUAUAUUGUUUAACGGAAAGCUUUGUUUAAUUUCAAAAAACACUUUUAUUUUUAAUAGAUCAAAAUAUUUAAUUGAACAAGGCAAUAUAAUCCAAUUGGUGCCUGAUACUAAAAAAAGGUUUAAAUUUUACAAAUCUGAAUAUAAAACACAUUCUUAUGUGGAAGACAGAUUUUUGCAACACUGGCCUAAAAAUUAUUUUAGUAUAGAAUCACCUACAUUUGUAAAAAUGUUUAGCCAACAUGCUACUACUCCUUUUUUUGUUUUUCAGGUAUUUUGUGGUAUUUUAUGGUGUCUCGAUGAAUACGUUUACCAAGCCUUAUUUACAUUAAUAAUGCUUGUAGCAGUCGAAGCGGGCCUUGUGUUUCAACGAAUUAUUAUUAUGAAACAGUUUAAAACAAUGAAUCAUAAGACAGUUAAGAUAGAUCUUAGUACUGAAAAGGGUAUAAAACAAAUUGAUUCUUACGAUAUAAUUCCGGGAAAUAUUAUUAGAAUCAAAAGUUGUAUUAAAGUGCCGUGUGAUUUAUUGUUGUUACGAGGCGCUUGUGCUGUAAAUGAAGCAAUAUUAACUGGCGAGUCUGUGCCAUUAACAAAGGAAGAUAUUGUAGAAGUAGAAGAUCAGCGUAUUUUUGAUUUUGAAAAAGAUAAAAAGCAUGUUUUAUUUGCUGGUACCGAGAUAAUUAAAUUAGACAAUAAUGUUAUUGAAUGUUUUGUACUUAAUACGGGAUUUGAUACGGUUCAAGGUAAAUUAAUUAAAAAAAUGAUGUGUAAUGAAGAAAUAACAGUCAACGAUAUUGAAGCUUUUGGUUUCAUAGGAAUGCUACUAGUAUUUGCUUUAGUUGCCGCUAUUUAUACAUGUAAAGAAGGACUGAAAAUGGGUAAAUCUGGUUAUAAAGUUUUUUUAGAAUGUAUAUUAAUUAUUACUAACGUUGUUCCUACAGAAUUGCCUUUAGAAUUAAGUAUGGCGGUAAAUUCGUGUGUAUCUGCACUUAAAGAACUGGGCAUUUUUUGUCUUGAGCCUUUUAGAAUACCAUACGCUGGUAAAGUUAAUGUGUGUUGCUUUGAUAAAACCGGUACACUCACUGAAACAGCACUUGAUGUUAGUCAAAUUAAGUUUACUACACCUUUUACAGCCGACGUUUUAAGAACUUGUAAUACGCUUAUUAAUUUAGAUAACAAGAUUACAGGAGACCCGCAAGAAGUUGCGAUAUAUGAAUAUAUGAACAAGAUUGUACUAAAGUCAAAUAAUAUUACAUUAUCAGAAGAUUUUGCUGUGUUAGAUAAACUUUUUAUCGACACUACAAAUAAGACAUUUCAGUAUAAAUAUACAAUUAAAAAGAAAUUUUUAUUUUCAUCAGAGUUGAAAAGAAUGACAGUUGUCUACGAAUGUAAUAAGGAGACAUACGUAUCUAUGAAAGGGGCACCCGAAGUUAUAAAAAAUUAUUUAGUAACUGUGCCUGAUUGCUAUGAUGAUUAUGAAGAUUAUGCGAAAAAUGGCUACAGAGUAAUUGCACUGGCACAUAAACCUUUUAAAAAGCGAACACCGUUUAAUAGAGCAGAAGUAGAAGAAAAUUUACAUUUUGCUGGAUUUAUUUUGUUUGAUUGUAAAAUUAAAGAACAUGCAAAGGAGACUAUUUCCGAUUUACAAAAUAGUGGACAUAAAGUAGUUAUGAUUACUGGUGAUAAUAUUUUGACAGCGCUGGCUGUUGCUAGAAAACUUGGCAUUAUAAAUUCAGACGACGAUAAAGUCGGAGUAGAAGGAAAAGAUAUUGAUAAAGUCUUAAGUUUAGAUAUAUUUGAGCAAUAUAAGGUAUUUGCACGAGCAGAUCCUGAACAUAAAGAAAAAAUUCUAGAGAGAUACAAUAAAAAGGGCUAUUUCACUUUAAUGUGUGGAGAUGGUACUAAUGACGUUGGUGCAUUAAAAUCUGCACACAUAGGUGUAGCAUUGGUAGAGGCACAAAUAAGUACGAAACCUAAAAUUGUUAUAAAAGAACAUUCUACGCCUAAACAAGCACUGUUACAGAAGAUAGCAGGUGAAAUGAACGACCAAACACAAAUAAAAAUGGGUGAUGCAAGUGUAGCUGCACCUUUUACAGCUAAAACCAAAUCUUUAGAAUGUAUUUUAAAUGUGAUUAGACAAGGCAGAAGUGCAUUAGUUACUACGAUACAGAUGUACAAAAUUUUAGCUCUUAAUUCCCUAGUCAAUGCAUUUUCUCUUUCCGUUUUAGAUUGUAUGGGAAUAAGAUAUGGCGAAUAUCAAUUAGUAGUUUCAGGAUUAUUAGUCGCUCUUGCUUUUACAUUUUUGUCUAAAAAUGUUCCACUUAAAGAAAUUAGUAAAAAGAGGCCAUUGACUACAAUUUUCAGCAAGUACAUGAUGCUUUCUAUUUUUUUACAAGUAAUAGUUCAUAUUUUUUCGUAUUUAAUAGUUCUAAAAAGGUUAAAAUGUGUUGAGACUAUUGUCUACGAAGAAAAAUUUAAACCUAGUGUAACUAACACUGCUUUAUUUUUACUAAGUACAUCUCAACAGAUAUCUACAUUCUUAGUAAAUUAUAUUGGAAGACCUUUUAGAGAAAGUUUGGUAGAAAAUAGAAAGUUAAUGGGUUGUUUAUGUCUGUUGUACGGAAUUAUUUUUUAUAUUUUAUUUGAUGUAAAUGAAGAAUUUUCUAGUAUGAUGGAAGUUAUUUCGCUAGAUAGUCUAAAAAGCUUUUUACUGUUUGUUAUUAUAACUGAUCUUGGUGUUUGUUUUUUUAUUGAAAAGAUAUGUUUUAGGUUGUUUAUGAUUUAA